GAGCAGGAGUUGGUGAAGAUAGUGGGCAUUAAGUAUGAGGUGGGUCUGCCCACUCUGUGCUGUCUGAAGCUUUCCUUCCUGGACCCCGACAGCAGCAGACUGACCGGAGGAUCCUUCUCUAUGAAAUACCACGACAUGCCUGAUGUCAUCGACUUCCUGAUUCUGCGACAACAGUUUGACAACGCCAGAAAGAGGCAGUGGAGUAUAGGGGACAGAUUUAGGUCGGUCAUUGACGAUGCCUGGUGGUUUGGGACCAUUGAGAGCCAGGAGCCCUUCCAGCCUCAGUAUCCUGACAGCCUGUUUCAGUGCUACAACGUCUGGUAUGUUACUCUGUUUCAGUCUGCAGUUGAAAGCACUGCAAAAUUUUAUGUAAUCAUUCUAUUUAUUUGCAUCAGCAAGGAGAUUCCCUCCUAAAACAAAGAGUUCCUAAGCCAUACCGAUGCAGCUAGCAACAAGUGCUCUGGUUAGCACAACAAGCCAAUUCCAUUGAUGUAUUAUGAUAUUUUAAUAUUGAAUGCAUGUUUGAAAGUAUUCAUCACCUUCAAACGACACAAAACAAUGCAACAUGAUAUAUGUUAAAUAAAUGUGACCCGCUCUACCGAAAUCAGGAAGUCGCGACGGCUCAUUUCAAAAAUAAACGUGGAUUUGCUUUUUCGGGGUUCAG